AGCUACUUAAUAAAUUAGCAAUUUAUUCGCCGUUUUAUAUUUUGUGUUGUUAUCUUCUCUAGUCAAGCCCCCGCUAUUAAUCGUCGUAAGUUGCGAUUCUCCACAGUCCGCAACACGUUAUCGUAUAAUCUAUGGCUAAAAAUAUUUUUUCGUGGUAAAGUCUAUUGUACAUAUGAUAUAUUGUUAUCAGCGAUAACUUAUCGCAUAUUAUUGUAUUUCGCCGGCAGUGUGAUGCAUUGUUGUAUACGUUUCGUCAAGAGUAAUUUCAUUUCAUUAUAAGUCGUGUAAACGUUGUAAAGGUGUCCUCGUGUUUUUUUUAUUUUUUUCGUAUUUUUAGUUUUUAGUUGCAUCAGUGUGUUUAAUUGAAAAUGCCGAAAGUUGUUCCUAAAAAAAGAGAUCUCGUAAUGAAGUACAUACAAGAUUUUCCGGACGAAAUGUUUCGUGGCGAUUCAAAUAUUUUGUUCUGUGAUGCAUGUAAUAAAGCCGUAUCAACUUCUCAGCGCUUUCAAGUUACACAACACAUAGGAACCGCAAUUCAUAAAGAAAAUAAACUCGGAAAGACAAAAAAAAAACAACAAUUCAUCACCUCAUGCACUUCAUCGUCCAGUAAAUCAACUUUCAACAAUGACUUAUGCACAGCUUUAAUUAAAGCAGAUAUACCAUUGCGAAAACUCGAUAAUCUUAAUUUUCGUCAAUUUCUCAAAAAAUACAUAAGCAGUAAAAUACCUGAUGCAAGCACUCUAAGGAAGAAUUAUUUACCUGACUUAUACGAGAAAACUUUGAAUGAUAUAAGAAAAAAUAUUUCAAAUGGACCUAUCUGGGUUUCCAUGGACGAAACCACCGAUGUAGAAGGAAGGUACAUAGGAAAUAUAAUUGUUGGUAAGUUAAAUUCAUAUUGUGCUUCAAAGCCAUAUUUAUUAAAUACUGAAGUUCUUGAAAAAUGUAACCACUCAACAGUUGCUCGUUUUGUCAACGAUUCUUUGGGUAUCCUAUGGCCGAAUGGUAUUUUGCAUAAUAAAGUACUCUUAUUUAUAUCAGACGCAGCACCUUAUAUGGUGAAAGCUGGAACAGCUUUAAAUGUAUUUUAUCCUAAAUUAAUUCACGUGACCUGCCUUGCACACGCUUUCCAUCGUGUCGCAGAAACAAUAAGAUCAGAAUUUCCCGAAGUUGAUUUUUUGAUAUCAACUAUUAAAAAACUUUUCCUGAAAGCACCCAGUCGUGUACAUAUAUUUAAAGAAAAUUAUCCUCAAACACCUCUUCCUCCAAAGACGGUGAUAACUCGUUGGGGUACUUGGUUACAAGCUGCUGCAUAUUAUUGCGACAAUUUUAGUGUCAUUGAAGAUGUAAUUUCAAAACUCGAAAUAGAUGCCGUUUCAGUAGAAAAUGCAAAAAAGUUAAUUAAAAGUACCUCAUUAAAAAAUAAUUUAGUAUACAUAUCCUCCAAUACUACAUUCCUUGCUAAUUCUAUUACAAAACUUGAAGCUCAAAACUUGUCUCUGGCUGAUAGCCUAGGUAUUGUCUCCGAAACCGUCAAAAAAUUAAAAGAAUCCCCUGGGCAGGUUGGAAUAAAAAUUAAGAAUAAAGUUGAGCAAGUACUUAGUAAGAACUCUGGUUUAAAGACAGUUGGAGCUAUUGCAAACAUUCUCAAUGGCAGUGAUACGCAAACUUCUUUUGAAUUUAGUCUUGCUGAUUUAGGGGCUUUUAAAUUUGCUCCUAUUACUUCCGUCAACGUGGAAAGAUCUUUUAGCCGCUACAAAAACAUACUUCGUCCUAAUCGACGUCGAUUUACCUUUAACAACCUAAAGAAGUACAUGAUUGUCCAUUGCUUUGUUGACGACGAAGAUCCUAGCUAAUAUUUGAUUUGAAUGUAUUUUUUAGGUACAUUACAUAUUUUGUAUUCUGAAUGUUUUUUUUUUAAGAAUAUAAACAUUUUUUUUUUUUAAUAUAAUGUAUUUUUAGUUGCAUAUUUGGAUAAAAAUAAAUACAUAUAUAUGUACAUAUUUUUUAAUUUUUAAUACAUAUUAAUCCGCACCCUAGUGAUUACGGAUAACUGGUGGAAAUC